AUGAUGAUGGACCUUUUUGAAACUGGCUCCUAUUUCUUCUACUUGGACGGGGAAAAUGUUACCUUGCAGCCCUUAGAAGUGGCAGAGGGCUCUCCUCUGUAUCCAGGGAGUGAUGGUACCCUGUCCCCCUGCCAGGACCAAAUGCCCCCGGAAGCCGGGAGCGACAGCAGCGGAGAGGAACAUGUCCUGGCGCCCCCAGGCCUGCAGCCUCCCCACUGCCCCGGCCAAUGCCUGAUCUGGGCUUGCAAGACCUGCAAGAGAAAAUCUGCCCCCACCGACCGGCGGAAGGCCGCCACCCUGCGCGAGAGGCGGCGGCUCAAGAAAAUCAACGAGGCCUUCGAGGCACUGAAGCGACGGACUGUGGCCAACCCCAACCAGAGGCUGCCCAAGGUGGAGAUUCUGCGGAGCGCCAUUAACUACAUCGAGCGGUUGCAGGACCUGCUGCACCGGCUGGAUCAGCAGGACAAAAUGCAGGAGUUAGGGGUGGACCCCUUCAGCUACAGACCCAAGCAAGAAAAUCUUGAGGGUGCGGAUUUCCUGCGCACCUGCAGCUCCCAGUGGCCAAGUGUUUCGGAUCAUUCCAGGGGGCUCGUGAUAACCGCCAAGGAAGGAGGGACAAGCAUUGAUUCCUCGGCCUCGAGUAGCCUUCGAUGCCUCUCUUCCAUCGUGGACAGCAUUUCCUCGGAGGAACACAAACUCCCCUGCGUGGAGGAGGUGGUGGAGAAGUAACGCAGUGCUCCGGUCGUUCUCCACGGAGCAGGAAGAUCCCACCCCACCCUGCUUCGACUAAUCCUUUAGGUCACGUUACGUUAAUAUUUAGGAAGACAGACCCAGGAGUUUAUGAUAGGGAAGGAGACAUAUUCACAAAGAAACUUUCUGGAAACUGCUGUGCACUCUCGGAUGAAAAACCCUUUCGGCUUUGGGCUUGUAUCUUGGGAACCGCGAGUGGCUUAGAUCUAGCGGUUUUACUUUUUGUUUGGUUGGUUUUGUAAUAUAUUUACUUUUAUUAUGGUGAUCCUUUUGUGCCAUGUUCAGAAGAAGUUCAUUCCUGUUUAAAGCAAAGUGGGAACGUUGCAUCUAAAUGUUAGUGGUAUUGAAUGUAUUUUUGUAAAUAACAUUAGUACUUUCAUUUUUUAUGUAAAUCUAAGAAAUAUAUUUUAAAUGUGGAGUGACAUAUUGUAUAUAAAAUGUGAGAGGAUCCUGGUAUUGUAAUAUUAAAAGAUAAGUUUCUAUAUGAACAAAAGUUGGU